AUGGAUCAAUCACCAGAUCACCCCUAAAACUAAGUCUUGUAACGAAGUGAAACGCAAGCUAUUCCAAAAAAUACUACUGGCAGAAUAGUGUAUUAAACAUAUUUUUGUUUAUUGGGUACCACUCUUCUAAUUUUAUCAAUUAUAUCUUAUUAUUUCUAUAGUGAUGCUUUUGAUAAUUAUAAGUAUAUCAUUGAGAAUUGGCAGUAAUAACCAAUAGAAUCCAUACGAUUGACUUUUGAUAAUUGCAAUAAUGAUGUAAGAAUGAACAUAAUGACAUAGGAAAUAAAUUUGAUCAAUUACAAAUGGCCUGGAACUGUGGAUGGAUGCGAUUGUCGUUAUGGUUUUAGAUUAUUGGCUGUUAAAACUAAUAAUCAUCACACAUGGAUUCCAAGAAAUAAGAUAUACAACAAUCAUGCUUGUAACAUAACACAAAGAGCAUGGGGAUGUGUUUCGAUAUAUGCUAAAAACCCUAUUGAUUUUAAUAGAUUCCCAUCAAAAACACAAAAAGAAGGAUUCAAACUGUGUGCUGUACUUGAGAAAGACAAUAGCUUCUACUCUCGUCAUCCUGAUUAAGAUGAAUGUCCAAAAGGAUAAAUAAAAUGCGGAACCCAGCUGGAUUACUUUUAUUGUACUAGUCAACCCCAAUGUCCGAUAUUUGAGAUUGGUUUCAAAGAUGUUACUGCAGUUUCAGAUGCAUAAGAAUAGACAGAAAAGGGAUUUACACUUUUAUAUAAUAGAAAGAGUGAGUAUAAACUACCAUUGGUGGAGGUGAGAGUGUCAGAAGGAUAAGGGAUUUGCAUGAAGAAUCACGAGAGAGGGUUGACUUCUGGGAGAACAGAGUAUUCUUUAAUGAGGGAGAACAAAACUGAAUGCGAUAUUGAUAAAAGAUUUAUUAAAUUACAAUCCUCAAAUGAAGUUGAAUUUUAUGAAUCCAACAAUCAAUUAAAAUUGCAAGAUCAACUGAGAGGAUAUGAGAUUUCAACAUAAUAUCAAUGGGGUCUUUAUGCUCGAGGAUAUAUUGAGUGGAAGAUGUCGUGUAGAGGAGAAAUCUUCGAUAAUUUUAUUGAUCAGGAACAAAUACUAGAAGAGAUAUUACAUCAUUAGAAAUAUCUGAUGAUAAUAUCUAUAAUCUACUUCAUCGUAAUCUCAGUAGUGUGGAGUAUUAUACAAGCCCACACGUUAUAAGGAGGAGAUUGGCCUUGUAUCAAAGGACGUGGCACUGAAGAAUCCAAUACCAUUUUUUAUUUGGAAAUACUGACUAAAAUCUUACUAUAGAGUUUAUAGGCUUUCAUCAUAAUUUCCAGUUUUAGUAAAACCAAGGUAGAAAGUGACUUCUUAGAAAGUGUAAUCCUGCGGAAUUGUUCCGAUAGUUAUGUUUAAUUAUAAUUAGAGUACCUAAGGGAUAUGUUGACUGAGAAUAUUUAUGAUUUUAACAAGGGAUGCUUGAUCCUAUUUUGUAUUACCACAGUCUUUGACUUUUGUGUGGCAUUGUAUUUGGUGAUUUCAUUCAUAAGAGACAGGAAGUAAAAGGAAAGUAGUUUCGAACAUAGAGAUGAAAUUAAAUAGGGUUACGAAUUAAGUUAAAUGUAAGGGAUGACAAAUCAAAAUUAAUAACAAUUCAAUUAUUAAUCUCCAUACAACAAUUGA